UGGAGGCGUAAUAAUGGUGGGAGAUGUGAAAGAAACAGCCAACCAGCAUUCAAUGCAGACAUGUUUGUAUCGAUUGCCAUAGUAAAUGUGGGAAUUUAUGGGGUUCUCAGAAACCCCUUUUCUUCUUUUUCUUCUCACUCUCUCUGUUCUUGCUUACUGGAAGAGUGGUGGGGGAGCUGCCGAUGUUGGUUGGAGGAGUUGUUGGAUGCUGUUUUCUGCCCUUAUUUUUCGUCCUUUCCCCUAAUCCCAACAGUUUUCUUUUGGGUUUGGAUUCCUUCUCUCCCAUUAUCUUUCUCGGCGGCUCCUCUGUUCAUAUUCUAGUGCUCUGUUUUUCACAUUUUCGUUCCUGGUUCGAUUAAAGCUCUGUUCUAAUGGGCAUAUGCCAUUUUCUGUAAAAAACUUUGGGAUCUUCAGUUCAAAAAAGGCAAGUAUUAAAGCUUGUGAAUCUGGGGUUUACGGGUUUCUUGUUUUUUUUUUGAAUUUUUGAAUGAGUUGCUGGUGAUGGAGAUGAAUUUUUUGAAAUGGAGCCAUUUUCAGUGAUGGGCCCUUGAAGAAAGUAAAGGGUUCUUCUCUGCUGAUCGUAUUAAAGUUGAAUUGAAAAUCCAAAAAGGAAAGAAAAGAGAACCAGCUGGUUCUUUGGUUCUUUAACUCCCGGAAUCUCAGAAACCCUCUUUUAAAGCCCGAGUUUCUUGAACUUCAGCUCUACGAUUUCGUUCGCUUUGGCUUUUGUGUGUAGAAUUCAUGCAUCUUUCACUAUGGAAGCCCUUGUCCCAUUGCGCCGCUUUAAUCAUGGACAAGAAAUCCAGACGCCGACAUGGGUCUGGUCUUACAGAGAGGCGCAAAUCCUCCAUUCUCAGGCAAUUGCAAGAAAACAAGCUCAGAGAGGCUCUUGAGGAAGCUUCUGAAGAUGGGUCUUUGGCGAAAUCCAGAGACAUUGACUGUGAUUCGCCAAAUCACGACGGGAAUGUUCGACGGUCGAGAUCUCUCGCUCGGCUUCAUGCCCAGAAGGAGUUUCUACGCGCCACCGCACUCGCCGCCGACCGAACCUAUUCCACGGAGGAUUUGAUUCCGAAUCUCUUCGACGCCUUCACCAAAUUCCUCACCAUGUACCCGAAAUUCCAGUCGUCGGAACAAAUCGAUCAAUUAAGAACAGAGGAUUACGAGCAUUUGUCAGAGUCGUUUUCGAAGGUAUGUCUUGAUUACUGUGGGUUUGGUUUAUUUUCGUAUAUUCAAACCCAACAAUUCUGGGAGUCUUCUGCGUUUACUCUCUCUGAAAUCACUGCCAAUUUGAACAACCAUGCCCUUUACGGCGGCGCCGAGAAAGGCACAAUUGAACACGACAUCAAGACACGGAUUAUGAAUUACCUCAACAUUUCCGAGAAUGAAUAUGGGCUUGUUUUUACAGUCAGUAGGGGGUCAGCUUUUAAGCUCUUGGCUGAGUCGUAUCCUUUUCAUACGAAUAAGAAAUUGUUGACCAUGUUUGAUCAUGAGAGUCAAUCUGUGAGUUGGAUGGCUCAGAAUGCUAAAGAAAGAGGUGCAAAGGUUUACAGUGCUUGGUUUAAGUGGCCAACGUUAAGACUCUGUUCAAGGGAGCUCAGGAAACAGAUUACAAACAAGAGGAAGAGGAAGAAGGAUUCUGUUUCUGGGCUUUUUGUGUUUCCUGUUCAGUCAAGAGUUACAGGAGCAAAGUAUUCUUACCAAUGGAUGGCUCUUGCCCAGCAGAACAAUUGGCACGUCUUGCUCGAUGCUGGCUCGCUCGGUCCGAAGGACAUGGAUUCCUUGGGGCUCUCCCUCUUUAGGCCAGAUUUUAUAAUCACGUCGUUUUAUCGUGUUUUCGGGUCUGAUCCAACUGGUUUUGGCUGCCUGUUGAUUAAGAAAUCUGUUAUAGGGAGCUUGCAAAGUCAAUGUGGGCGGACAGGUACAGGAAUGGUGAGGAUACUGCCUAUUUUCCCGCAGUACAUUGGCGAUUCGAUCGAUGGUUUGGAUGUGUUGGCUGGGAUUGAAGAUGAUGCUAUCAAUGGUCAGGAGGAUUCUGAAACUGAGACGCAUCAGGAGUCACGAAUGCCUGCUUUUUCGGGCGUGUUUACGACGAACCAGGUGAGGGAUGUGUUUGAGACUGAGAUAGAACAAGAUAACAAUAGCUCGGACAGGGAUGGAGCUAGUACCAUUUUUGAGGAAGUUGAGAGCAUUUCGGUUGGGGAGGUUAUGAAGAGUCCGAUCUUCAGCGAGGACGAGUCGUCGGAUAAUUCAUAUUGGAUUGAUUUGGGACAUAGUCCAUUUGGUUCUGAUAAUUCUGGCCAUUUGAUUAAGCAAAAAACAUGGUCAUCACCCUUACCACCAUCUUGGUUUUCUGGUAAGAGGAACAGUAGGCAACUUUCACCAAAACCAGCAUCGAGGUUGUUGAGAAGUCCGAUAUGUGGUGGUGAUGAUAAGCGGGCGAAUCCAAGGCACCGUGACGAUUCGGUAUUGUCGUUUGAUGCAGCUGUAUUAUCAGUGUCGCAGGAUCUAUGUCGGGUGGAGGGGAUUCCUGAAGAGGAACAAUCUGGAGAACAAGACUCUUGCUGUGGCAAUGUUGGAAGCUUGAAAGAUUCUCAUGCUGUUAGUGAGAUUCAGGAGGAUUCAGAAACUGGAGAAGAAUCGAUCCCGAAUAGGUUGAGUUUCGCCUCGAAUGGAAACCGAUCUGCGAAUCAGACUUUCGAGAUUCGGGAUUUGAAGCUUUCGAAUUCCACAGCAGCUGGAGCCUUAAAAGACUUGAAGGAAAGUGCUAUAAGGAGGGAGACAGAAGGGGAAUUCAGACUCUUAGGUAGGAGGGAAAGGAGUAGGUUUUCCGAACGUGGAUUCUUCGGUUUAGACGGAGAAAGGGCGCUAAGCAUGGGUCGUCGAGUAUCAUUUAGCGUAGAAUAUAAUGAAAAAGAAAGCUUGAAUGAGAUGUUUGAGCUCGGAGAAGCAUCUAAUGCAGCUUUUGACAAUGAGGAAUCGAUGAGUGAUGGAGAGUACGUCGACGAGCAAGAAUGGGGAAGGAGGGAGCCCGAAAUGAUCUGUCGACAUCUCGAUCAUAUCGAUAUGUUAGGCCUCAACAGGACCACUCUCCGACUGAGGUAUCUCAUUAACUGGCUCGUCACUUCAUUACUUCAACUCCGACUACCGGGUCGAGACGAUGUAGGAACUCACCUCGUACAACUGUAUGGACCGAAGAUCAAAUACGAACGAGGUGCUGCGGUUGCUUUUAAUGUAAAAGAAAGCAAUGGAAGAGGGCUAAUUCAUCCGGAAGUUGUACAGAGACUGGCUGAAAAUAAUGGAAUAUCUCUUGGAGUUGGUAUCCUCAGCCAUGUCCGUGCAGUCGACGUUCCGAAGCAGAACUCCGGUCAGUAUGAUCUCAAAGACAUGGCAUUGUGCAAACCAAUGGCUAAUGGUCACAACAGGAAGAAACUAUUUUUUCGAGUCGAGGUCGUCACAGCAUCGCUCGGAUUCCUUACCAACUUUGAAGAUGUUUAUAAAAUGUGGGCUUUUGUAGCCAAGUUUCUGAAUCCAUCUUUUCUGGAAAACAGUACAUUGUCUUCCGGCCCCGAGACUUCAGAAUCAUAACACCGAACCCCAUUUUCGAGCGCUCUUCUCUGGCUAAACACGAACGCAAAGAUUAUGAGAGUUGAACUCAUUUAGCAGGAGAUGCUGCAACAUACAUACAUACAGCACACCCUGCUAAAAGUCCAACUCUUCCUGCUAAGCAGACGACAAUUCUUCGUUCGUACCGUCUUCAAGAACCAACACGAAGUUUUGAAACACUGAGAGGCGAGAGCUGGAGCUUCUUUGAUCAUCCGUGCAUCGCUGCAACGCACCGAAUGUAACAUGUUCUUCUGCUGUUAGUUAGAAUAUACAAGAUUGGUAGGUAGAUAGGAGUAGGAGGUUGGUGGUUUAAACUUUUGGCCACACCUAAUGUCACAAACUUUGUUUGAGAUUGUAAAUGUUUUUGUGCAUUUGCUUACAGAUAUAGAUAGAAUCUCUGGUCUUCGUGUCUUUGUGUUUUAACUGUAUUUCUUUGUUUAAGGUUGUAAACUUGUCGUUACUCAAAUGGAUUUCUCUUCCAUUUUCUUUGAUGAAAA